AUGGAUGCAGAUCCUGUCCCUGGAUCCCCCACACGCCCAGAGCUGCGGCUGCAGGCGACAACUUUUCCCGGGUACUCUGCGCCCUCUCUCUCUCCCUCCUUCAAGUUGGAUGAAGGUUAUUCGGAUGAUACCCGGAGCCAGUCUGACAAAGAGCUCAUGCCGGAAAAUGUCAUGAUGCUACCAGAAUGGGUGCUUUCUCAGAGCGAAACGGAUAGAGCUGAACUUGCAUAUAGCCUCCUUCGAUCGUUAUCAACCUCCACACUCGCCGCAGUAGUCGAUCGUCUCAAUCCCCUGCUCCACAUGGACCCCGUUGUCAAGCUACCCCCGGAGCUUACCUUCGAGAUCUUUUCAUAUCUUGACCCGCGAACCCUUCUGACUGCUUCGCUUGCGUCUUGCUCAUGGCGAGCUCGUAUUCUGGACUCCGGCUUAUGGAGGGUGCUUUACAUCAACGAGGGCUGGCGGGUAGAUAUGCGCGCCAUUCGCAAUUUCGAACAGGAACAUGCCGAGGCAAUGUCGCCGAUCACGCGUCGGGCCCGACCUCAACAUUCAGAACCAGACUUGGGAGAGCCAAAGCUUAAGAAGCGUGUGCCUCCGACUUGGCUGGCUUCUCGCAGCAAUGAAGGGGAGGGUCCGUCUGACGCCAAGGGACAUGGGUCCAUCGAACCCGAUGACGAAGGCGAUCACCACAUGGCCGAUGCGAACGACCGGAGGAGCUCUUUGGCAGCAGCCCCCAGCUCUUUGCCUCGGCUUCCAUCUUUUCUCCAGCCGCCACUCAGGUCCUCUCUUCUCAUCCGAUCCCCGAACGGAACAGUUAAGGUGAAUUGGGCUCACCUCUAUAAACAACGGCGACGCCUCGAAGCAAACUGGCACCAGGGUCGUUUCACGAACUUUCAACUUCCACACCCCUCCCACCCUGAAGAGGCGCACCUGGAAUGUGUCUAUGCAAUUCAGUUUGAGGGGAAAUGGCUAGUCAGUGGAAGCCGGGAUAGAACAGUGCGAGUCUGGGACCUGGAAACUAAACGGCUAUGGCACCGCCCAUUAGUCGGCCAUGUAAAGUCAGUGCUGUGCCUUCAAUUCGACCCGAGCCCGGAGCAGGAUAUUAUCAUCUCUGGAAGCAGUGACAGAAGCGUGAUCCUGUGGAAAUUCUCCACGGGAAAGAAGAUUCAUCAAAUUACGAAUGCUCAUGCAGACUCCGUACUCAACCUCAAAUUCGACCAUCGCUACUUGGUGACGUGCUCUAAGGACCGCACGGUAAAAAUAUGGAGUCGCCGGGAGCUCUCAGCAAUGGAUGAGGAUUAUCCUCGUAUCUGCAAAGGCGGCGGAGCUACAUACCCCUCCUAUAUUGUCGAUCUCAAUGAUAUGGCACCCAACAUACUCGAGGCCAGCAUCGCUAAUGGUCAUCUCAAAUCCUUGAAACCAUACACCCAUCUGAUGACUGUGGAAGGUCAUGGUGCUGCAGUGAACGCUAUGCAACUUCACGGUAACGAGGUUGUCACCGCUUCGGGAGACCGUAUGAUCAAAGUUUGGAAUAUUCGCAACGGCGCUUGUCUAAAGACUCUGAUGGGUCAUGAAAAGGGGAUUGCCUGUGUCCAAUUUGACAGUCGUCGCAUCAUCAGUGGUAGUAACGAUAACACUGUAAGGAUAUACGACCAUGUCUCCGGUGCUGAGGUGGCUUGUCUACGCGGCCAUAACAACCUUGUUCGCACUGUCCAGGCAGGCUUUGGUGACCCUCCUGGUGCCGAUGAGGCACUACGACUCGAGGCCCAGGAAGUUGAAAACGAAUUUUGGAAAGCGCAGCAGGCUGGCGUUCCCGUUGACCUUGGCCCAAGGGCUUUACGGCGUGCUGGUCACUAUUCAAACACUGCCGGUUCUCGGGAUCCUCGCAAUAUUUCAGCACUCGGUGCUAAAAUUCCUCCCGGUGGUGGAGGUAGCUCUUGGGCUCGCAUUGUGUCUGGGUCCUACGACGAAUCCAUCUUAAUUUGGCACAAAGAUCGGGAUGGAGCAUGGUCCAUUGGGCAUCGUCUCCGGCAAGCGGACGCUGCGGCUAACGCUGCUCGAGCCACUCUCAGCGAGGCAGCACGAGCUGCUGUUUCUGCACAGGCACAACAGCUACAAGCUGCGCAAACCCUUCUUGCUCUGCCAACUGGAAACGGAGCGAUUGCCGCUCCAGCGCAGAGCGCAGAGGCAACACAGGACCAAGAGGCGAGCGAUGACACACAAUCUCCUAAUAACACAAACCCGACCCCAACUGCACCGCAAGAAUCAACUGCGGCCCAAGCUGGUCCAACGACUACCCCUAAUCCAGCACCGGCAGCCCAUGCCGCUCCACAACUACACCAGCAAUUGGCUGGCGCCAACCCUCAUCAAGCUCGUCGACAAAUGGCACAACCUCCAUCAUCCCGGGUUUUCAAAGUGCAGUUUGACUCCCGCAAGAUUGUCUGCGCCAGCGUAGACCCCCGAAUCAUUGGAUGGGAUUUUGCUUGUGGGGACGAGGAGAUUCUGGAAGCAUGCCCUUUUUUCCAGGGGCUCUCAUAG